AUGAUGCCAAUACGCUCACCUACUAGAAGUGGCACAGGUGCCGGACUUAAUGGUUUACAGCCCAAUUUAUCGACGGGAGAGUCAGCCACAGACGUUUCUACAGCGUCACAAGUUACAUUUCGUAGUAAGCGGAAAUACACUGGUGAUCAAGAUAUUAAAGAAGAAUUACGCGAAAUACGAAAGGGAAUGGCAGAAAUGAUGCAAGUUCUAACGUCGAUUAACGCGAAUCAAACGGAAGCCAUAAACAAGAUAUCGGAAGAUGUAAGUUCAUUGAAAGAACAUGUAAAAGAUCUUAAGACCGAGAUAGAUAGUCUCCGAUUCGAAAAUGAGAAAAUAAAGCGUAAUAUAGAGAACUUGAUCAGUAAAUAUAAUGAAAAAGAUAAACAAAUAGAAACGUUAGACUCUGAAAUAAAAAAACCUUCAAAGUACAAAACUAAUAGAUCCACUUACCACAACAACCGUUAG